AUGUUUCUCUGCGCGGUAGGGCUUCUUGCCCUUUCGUUGCUUCAAUUAGUACAUGGUAUCAAUUUCUGGGGCCCAGCACCGACACCAACACCCACCUUACCAGAUGCACCGCGCCCAGAUGCCCCCGAGCCAACGUCGGGCGCGGAUAUCCGACAAUGGGGGAUUAUGCGACGGGACGAUGACUUGGUUACCUCGUCAUAUCAGGCUGAUAAUGUGUGUGGAUGGGUUGAUGCUAAUCUUGGAACUGCUUCUCGUGUCACAUGCUCGCCGGGUUUGACCUGCGCACACCAUGCAUCUAACUCCAACUGGCCGGGCAUGAUAGGGUGUUGCCAAAAAUUGAAUUGCGGCUUCGACAAAACCUGCUACGGAGAUGCUGAGGCUUCUAAAUUGGGUAAAACCUCCGACUACUUUACCAAACUUUGCACAAUACUUGGUGCUGCAGAAUGUAUCACCUAUAAUUACGGAGACCUCAACGCCAGGCACUAUGCAUGUGGACGAACCAGCACCAUUAAGGACAUGUACACAUUUGCGAUUGGUGCUGCGUCCAGUGGAGCUGCCACCGUUCAAUACGAUCAUAGCCUAAGCACGGUCGGCGAUGCCGUAGUGAGCAGCUAUGUUUCUCGGUUUUCAUCACCUCCACACUCCCAGUCAGGAGACCCCACCACGACUAGCAAUAGCGCGAGUAGCAGUAGCGAGCCAUCUAUCGCCCCACCUACACCCGAACCAAGCUCUCCACCCUUGGAGACCGCGACACCGAACUCAUCCACCCCAGCUGGUGCAAUUGCUGGUGGUGUUGUUGGCGGCGUGGCAGGUGGCGCAGCAAUCGCACUUGCGGGUGUCUUUAUCUACAGGAGAAGGAAGAGGAGGAACCAGCGGAACCAACCCGAGGUUGGUAAUGGUUCUGAAUACGGAAGUGGAGGCCCCCAAAGCAUGUCGGGCAGCCAGCCGAGUUAUUUGACCGUGGGAAUGCAGUCGCCGUCAGAAAUGGAAUCUCGCCCAUCGUCGUAUCAGAUCCCCCCACCCCAGCACACCGCGUCCACAAACAUGGCACACGAGAUGCAAGGUGAUACCCAUCAUGUGGUAGAAGCCGACUCUAACUACGCUUCUCACUCGAAGGAUAAUGCAGCCGAGCUGCCGGCCGAGUCCAGGGAUAUCGCGAGGCCGUGA